CAUGAUUUUGUUGUUGUUAGGGAAGACUCAUAACAGACUUUGUAGUACUCUCCAUAAAUAUGGAAAAUGUAAAGCGGAUAGUUGCAGAAGUGAAGAUGGAAUCUUCCUUAAACGAAAACAUGAUUCAACAAUCUUCAAGGCCCAAAAAGGGUGGCUUUAGAACCAUGCCCUUCAUCAUAGUGAAUGAAUCAUUUGAGAAGGUUGCUGGUUAUGGAUUGAUGCCAAAUAUGAUAUUCUACUUGAUGAAUGGUUAUCAUAUAGCAACUGCAAAUGGAGCUACCAUGCUGGCCAUGUGGUCUGCUACAUCCAAUGCUUUGGCUAUUGUGGGUGCUUUUCUUUCCGAUUCUUAUAUUGGCCGAUUUUGGGCAAUUCUUCUGGGUUCCUUCUCCAGUCUUCUUGUAAGUUUAUAAUUAAAAU